GUUUGCCCCUCCCCCACCCCCGGCCGUUGGGGUCGAAGCCAGAGGGGAGCGGCGGGACAUUGAGAAGAUGGAGUACAACGGAUUUAGACAGCGUAAGUUACCUGCCAAAAUGAGAACAAGGGGGCAGAUGCACACUACGGGAGACCCCAGUCACCUCUUUGAAGAUACCAGUGGGAAUCUGGACACUCCGGGACCAGGAUACGAGCACAGUGGUGCAAGCUACGGCCACUCAAGGCAGGGCAUCCUCAGCGACCCCAUGAUGUCUAACCUGGCAAUGGCAUACGGCAGCAGUUUGGCAAGUCAGGGGAAAAACAUCGUCGGUCAAAAUAUUGACCGAUUUAUUCCUGUGAGCAAAUUGAAAUAUUAUUUUGCUGUGGACACCAUUUAUGUGGGGAAGAAGCUGGGACUCCUCAUCUUUCCCUACAUGCACCAGAAUUGGGAAGUGCGAUACCAGCAGGACAGUCCUGUGGCCCCUCGGGUUGAAGUGAAUGCUCCUGAUUUGUAUAUUCCAGCAAUGGCGUUCAUCACAUAUUUAUUGGUAGCUGGGUUUGCUCUUGGAACUCAAAGCAGGUUCUCUCCAGAGGUUUUGGGGAUGCAGGCCAGCUCAGCAUUAAUCUGGUUGAUCAUUGAGGUGCUUGCUAUCCUGCUCAGCCUCUACCUGGUCACGGUGAAUACAGACCUAACUACGAUUGACCUCAUUGCCUUUGCUGGGUACAAGUAUGUCGGGAUGAUCACUGGAGUCGUGGCUGGGCUGAUUUUUGGAAGAACAGGAUAUUACAUCGCUUUGGGCUGGUGCUGCAUAUCAAUUGUGGUAUUCAUGAUUCGAACAUUGAGACUGAAGAUUCUAUCUGAAGCUGCAGCUGAAGGAGUUCUGGUGCGAGGCACGAGGAAUCAGCUACGCAUGUACCUAACUAUGGCGAUUGCCGCAGUGCAGCCUAUAUUCAUGUACUGGCUGACAUUUCACUUGGUCAGAUAGGGAAGCCUGACAACCUCUUUGAUCCCUGGAAAUGAAGGUUUAGGAGGUGGGGGUUUGUUACAUCUCCAAUCCCCCAUUGCUGGGCUGAGUGGGGGAAUUGUGGGAGGGAGGGGAUUGGGGUGGGUGUUUUGGGAGUGAGUGCAAGACAAGUAUAUUUGCCCAAGAGAUUCAGACAUGAGUUGGCCAUCUCCCAUGGUGACAAUGGAGAGUGGAAUCCAACUUCUUAAAUGGCAGGAUUGUAAAACCAUCUCCACGAGUGGGAGAAUGGCACUGGAGAUGGGCCCAUCAAUGAGAGGGGCAGGUGGGUAGAGGGCAGAGCAUAACUUUCCCCAAGGGCAAAAGAGGGACACGCAGGACGGGUCCAUCUAACUGAAGUGGUUGGGGGGUGCUGGGUCAUGGCUUCACCCUGUGCAGAUAUUCAGCUGCUUCCCGCUGAGCUGCCUGUAUAAUCUGUAAACAUCAGUCCAUUAGUUGUUCUGUCCGUCCCAGAUAACGACUCUGAUCGGAAGCACAAACUGGACAUUGCUGUUGUGGGGACUUUGUACGGUCUGCAUGGGAAUUUUUUAAAUAUCUAUUUAUAAAUGCAAGGCAAAUAAAAUAUCAAAAAUAUAA